AAUGCGCGGGGCGGAGAAUUGAGCAUGCGCAGUGACGGUACUCGCGGAGGUUGCCACGACAACCGCUAACCGGUGGGACGAAUCGACCUCUGCUAACUUGGCUGAGCGUCGGGCGUCACUUGCGCAGUUUGUGAGCUGUACUGAGGCCAAGUCGAGCACCAGUCAGUGCCGCUCGAGGUCGGGCGUCCUGAUCGGCUCGUGGAAGUCGCAAACCCCGGACGCGCAAGGUUCAGAAGUUAGUGGAGGACAGAGAGAGAAAUGUGUGCGAUGUGGUGACAGGAUUCCUCGCAGCCACCCCACAGCGCUUCCUCAUUGGCAUGUUAAGAAACAAGGACCAUCCAUCUCCAAAGGAGAACUUAGUCCUCACCGCAGUUGCUUUACAAGAUCACAUUUUACGCGAUCUUCAGCUUGGAGAUCUUUCUGUAGCUGGUCAGCUUAAGACAAAUAUUCAAAAGAAGGAGAACAGGUCAAAGUCUCUGAAAAGAGAUGCUAAGGCAGUGAUAGAUACUGGGCUUAAAAAAACUCCAGAGGGCUCCAGAGUGGAAGAUCCAGAAAAGGAGUAUGUUCUUGACCCCACUCCACCGCCGUUAACUUUAGCACAGAAGCUGGGCCUUUUCGCACCUCCCCCACUGCCACUAUCACCAGCCGAGUGGGACAGCGUGAAGCAGAGAUCCGUUCUGCAUGGAGACUCCGCACAGCCAUGCCCCAUAUGCAAAGAAGACUUUAAGCUCCAUGCACAGGUGCUGCUGUCCUGCUCCCAUGUGUUCCACCGGGCAUGCCUUCAGGCCUUUGAAAAGUUCACAAAUAAGAAAACCUGUCCUCUGUGCAGAAGAAACCAGUACCAAACCCGCGUGAUCCACGAUGGAGCCCGCCUGUUCAGGGCCAAGUGCGCAGCACGAAUCCAAGCCUGCUGGAGAGGUUACAUUGUCAGAAAGUGGUACCAAGCUCUGAGGAAGAUCAUUCCUCCCGCUGACGCGAAGCUACGCAGGAAAUUCUUUGAAGAGAAGUUCCUCCAAAUCAGUCACCGCAUACUGUGCUCCUACGACACCAACAUAGAAGAGCUCUUUGCAGAGAUCGACCACUGCCUGGCUGUAAAUCGAAGCGUUCUUCAGCAGCUGGAUGAAGAGUGUGGCCCUGAGCUCACUGAUGAGGACUGGGAGAAAAUCCAAGUGCAGGCUGCUCACCGUGAGAUCUCUGAGUGCUCCAUCUGCCUGACCCCACUCCGGCCGCAUGGGGAUGGCGGGCAUCCCCGAGCCACAGUCCUGCUGUCCUGUGCACACCUGUUCCACCACACCUGCCUCCUGGCCUUGGAGGAGUUCUCACUGGGAGACAGCUCUCCUCUCCACGUCUGUCCUCUCUGCCGGGCCUGCUACCAAAAGAAAAUCCUCAAGUCUUGAAUUGAUGCUCAGGAAAAGUGCUAUAAUUUUGAGGGGAAAAAGUUUCCCUGGAAACUGGGUGGGUUUGGGUUCCCAUGUGUUCUGUUCUCCAGGGACACGUCUCUUGGCAGGUAUAUCACAUACAGAAAAUGUAACCAUAUUGUAAAAGCCGACAACCAAGCCAUCUAGUUUUAACCUUUAGUCUAUGGUCUUUAAAAAAUAAAAAUGAAUUCCAGAAUCAUGAGUUUAAUCGCUUAA